UUGGCAUUAAAUUUGCGCGUAAAAAGAAUGCCAAUUUCCGUAUAAUUGCCAUAAAAUUCUAAAAACUUAUUUGCUAACUUGCAGCAGUUAGCCCGCGGCAUCAUACUUAUAUCGAACGUAAGCGAUUUGUUGUAGGAAAACGUAAUUUUCCUGGUGCGGAACAACAAUUGUGCGUUUUCUUUUGUUCGUUUCAUUCGUUGUCGCUCUGUCGUCGUGCGCUUGAUUGACUUUUCCGAAAGCGAGUGCAAAGCGUGGAAUAUUUAGCAAAUAUUUAACAAUAUAUUUAUAUUUGUUGUAAAUAACAUUUGAUUACAAUGAGAACAUAUUAUUUGCGCAUAGUUUUAAGUCCGUCUGCAAGCAACGGAAGUCAUUAAUCAUUUUAAUAGCAGCUGCGGCGCUUCGGUAUCAAAAGCAGAAAAGAAAAAAAACAGUCGAGAAACAAACAGAGAAACGAAACUGAAACUGAAACAGCAGCAGAAACAGGCGCCGUUGUUGGCUGCUGACCGUUCCAUAUGGUUAGCAAGUGCAGGAGUCGAGAGCCUGUUUUUAUAAAUGCCAAUGCCAAUUUUUGUGCCAGUGUGCGUGUGAAUUGCAGCUACACACAAACAAAUAAACUCACACAUACACAUAAAAGUAUACGAAUAAACAAUUGAGCGCAACAGAGACAACAGCAAAACAUAUACAAUGAAUCCAGCCGAGCUCCGUAUGAUGUGGAUGAGUAGCCAAUAUAAUUCGGAACGCAUAUCACUCGAAGAGGCUGCAACGCUGUUAGGACAUCCCACAGUUGGACUCUCUGUUAUGGAGGAUAUGACACAUCAGCCCACUUUGGAUAUGAAUCCCAUGAUGAGCAUUGUGGGGGGCGUGCAGCCGGGCACGUUGAUAGCCACAAAUACAAACAAUUUGUAUGGCUUUGCGCACAUGGGCGGACUGCAGCAGCAGCUGUUGCAGCAAUCUGCCGCCGCAGCAGUAUUUCAAAAUUAUGCCGAAGUGCUGGAUGCAGAUAAUAGCGGUGUGGCGCUAAUGGGCGUGGACGGCGGCACGCUCGACGAUGAGCAACAGCAGCAGCAGCAGGUCUAUGGCCAAUUGGAUGAUGGCUAUGACGAUGGCGGCGCCAGCGGUGGCAUGGGAGAUCUGGAGCCCAAGCAGGAGAUUAUCAACAUUGAUGAUUUUGUUAUGAUGAAUGAGGAUAAUAACUCCUAUGAUGGCACUGACUUUAUGACCUCCUCCGACAAGGAUGUCUCACAAUCCUCCAGCAGCUGCAUGACCAAUAUGCCAGGACACGAUCUGCUCGUGCCCCUUGGCGAUGGCCUGCUGCAGCACAAGCUGCUUGGAACCACACAUGCCUUAAUCAACAGCGCCAAUGUUAGCAACACGCUAGCGGGCAACAGCAAUGCCUUUGGCAAUAUGCUGCUCACGGAGCAGCAGCAACAGCAGCUCAACAGUGCAGCUGCAACUGUCAGCAGUAGAGCCAUGACUGCCUCAAGCAAAAGUCAAGCCGGCAGCAGUGCGGCCACAUUGCGAGCCCAGCGCAAGACGCGCAAGAUUGAGCCCGUGAAUAGGCCAGGACUUGUGCUAAAGACUCCAAUUGCAUACAAGGGCAACAUUGAUCCAUCCGUGAUACCAAUACAAAAAGAUGGCAUGGCUGUCUGCGAGCGUUGUGGCGCCAUUGGAGUGAAGCACACAUUCUACACCAAAUCGCGUCGCUUUUGCAGCAUGGCCUGUGCCCGUGGAGAGCUUUACUCGCUGGUGAACAACAAAAUGGAUACGGCGGGCAGCUCUCCUGCGCCGGAAUCUGAACAAAGUGGUGCGUUAGAUGCCGCUGGCCUGGCGCAAGAUGCCACAGAGGAUCAGCAGCAGCAACAGUCGGAUAUUGCGCUAGCUUUGCAGGCAGCGCACAUCAAACAGGCCAAUUAUCGUUUUCGCAUAACGGAUCAGUCGAAGAUCACACAACUGAAUGGUUAUGGUGAGCCCAUGUCGUUGGGUGGAGACGCUGCUGCGCAUAAUGUGCAAAUGGCCACGGAUGAGACCAUAGCGGCGUUGAAUGGCGGCGCUGUGGGCGAUGCAGCAGCGCCGGCAGCGGAAGCCAAUGGCAGUGGCGGCUACUUGGGUGCAGCGCCUACGCCCAAGGCAUUGCGUCUAUUCCGCGAUGUCUUUCCGCAGGAUGAGCUGCCACAAAUACCCAAAUACGAACGUCUUCCAGCGCCGUGUCCCCAGAUGGAAAAGAUAAUCAGCAUACGUCGGCGCAUGUACGAUCCAACGCAUUCGUACGAUUGGCUGCCGCGUCUGGCCAAGUCGGACUUUCUGGCGGCGCCUGUCACCUGCUUUCCACAUGCGCCCGGCUACGAGGUGUGGGAUAAUCUGGGCGUGGGCAUGAAGGUCGAGGUGGAGAACACAGAUUGCGAUAAUAUUGAAAUUAUACAACCUGGACAAACGCCCACGUCGUUUUGGGUGGCGACCAUACGCGAAAUCAAAGGCUACAAAGCUCUGAUGAGCUACGAGGGCUUUGAUACCAAUUCCCAUGACUUUUGGGUGAAUCUCUGCAAUGCCGAGGUGCAUUCGGUGGGCUGGUGUGCCACACGUGGCAAGCCGCUGAUACCGCCGCGCACCAUUGAGCACAAGUACAAGGAUUGGAAGGAGUUCCUUGUGGGCAGCUUGUCUGGAGCACGCACACUGCAAUCGAAUUUCUACAAUAAGAUUAAUGAUAGCUUGCAGUCACGCUUUCGCCUGGGCUUGAAUCUCGAGUGCGUGGACAAGGAUCGCAUCUCACAGGUGCGUCUGGCCACCGUAACCAAAAUUGUUGGCAAGCGGCUGUUUCUGCGCUACUUUGACUCGGACGAUGGCUUCUGGUGUCACGAGGAUUCGCCCAUAAUACAUCCCGUGGGCUGGGCAACAACAGUGGGUCACAAUCUAGCGGCGCCACAGGAUUAUCUGGAGCGCAUGUUGGCUGGUCGCGAGGCCAUGAUUGAGGUGCAUGAGGAUGAUGCUACCAUCGAGCUGUUCAAGAUGAACUUUACCUUUGAUGAAUACUUCUUGGAUGGCAAGACGAACGGCUUUGUGGAGGGCAUGAAACUGGAGGCAGUGGAUCCACUUAAUCUCUCCUCCAUUUGUCCAGCUACUGUUAUGGCCGUGCUGAAGUUUGGCUACAUGAUGAUACGCAUUGAUUCCUAUCAGCCGGAUGCCUCAGGGUCGGAUUGGUUCUGUUAUCAUGAGAAAUCACCGUGCAUCUUUCCGGCGGGCUUUUGCAGCUCCAACAAUAUACUGGUGACGCCGCCCAAUGGCUAUGAGACGCGCACCUUUACCUGGGAGGGCUAUCUGCGCGAGACGGGCGCAGUGGCUGCUGGUCCACAUUUGUUUCAUCGCAUGGUGCCCGAUCAUGGCUUUGAGGCGGGCAUGAGCUUGGAAUGCGCCGAUCUCAUGGAUCCACGCUUAGUGUGCGUGGCCACAGUGGCGCGUGUUGUGGGUCGCCUGCUCAAGGUGCACUUCGAUGGCUGGACGGAUGAGUAUGAUCAGUGGCUGGAUUGCGAAUCCGCUGAUAUUUAUCCAGUGGGCUGGUGUGUGCUGGUGGGUCAUAAGCUCGAGGGACCGCCGCGCAUGACGCAGCAGCCGCAACUGAAGCCGGCGCCCAAGCCGAAGGUGCAGCGCAAGCGCAAGACCAAAAAAGGCGCCAAUGGCGCCAAUAACAAACAACAGCAGCAACAGCAUGACAAUCAAACGCAGUCUGCCACAGUAAAGACGCGCACAAUUGCCUUGAAGACGACGCCGCAUUUGCCUAAGCUAAGCAUAAAGCUGGAAUUGAAGCCCGAGCAUCACAAUGCUGCCUUUUAUGAGAACAAUCAGCCCGACGAGGAUGACGAGGAGGAUGGCCUAGCCGAGGAGCUGGAUGACAAUGAUGCCGAUGCCGAUGCCGAUGGCGAUGGCAGCACCAGUCAUCACUCGGAGCAGUCCACCAGCCACUCGUCGGAGUAUGCCAGCAGGACUGCCGCGACGCCGCCAGUCGCCAACAAAUCAAUGGUAACAAAAAAAUCUUCUACUACUAAAUCUCCUGCGCCACCAACUGUGGGUCGCAAGGCAACUAGCUACAUUGCGAACUCGGCGGUGAGCAACAGCAAGUACAUUCCGCGUCUGGCUGACAUUGACUCGAAUGAGGCGCAGUUGGAGCUAAUGCCGGACAGCUGGAACGUCUAUGAUGUGUCACAAUUUCUGCGUGUCAACGACUGCACUGCGCACUGCGAUACGUUCAGUCGCAAUAAGAUCGAUGGCAAGCGUCUGCUGCAGUUGACCAAGGACGAGAUCAUACCGCUGCUGGGCAUGAAGGUGGGGCCGGCGCUGAAGAUCUCCGAUCUGAUAGCACAGCUCAAGUGCAAAGUGAAUCCCAGCAAGUCGCGAUCCCACAAGACCAACAAGUCGCCGUUUUUAUAGUGCGGCAUCGGAAUUUUAUCCAAUACGAAAUUCAAACUUAUUUCAACAAAGCCAAGCGUAGUUGUAACUAAUUUUUUUUCAACUGAAACAAAUGUUUUCGCUAUGCGUGUAUGUUUUGAUUGUACAGCAAUAAUAUGCUGAUAUAUAGUAUAUAUACAUUGUGUAUAUAACUGAUUAUGUAGUACAUAGGAUGGAAGUAUUUUUGUUAGCACUUGAAAUCGAAACACAACCGUUGCCUAGAAUGGAUUCUCACAUAAUCCAUAAUACAGUUUGUAUAACUAACUCAAGUCUCUCACAGCGCGUUAUUUUAUAGCAAUUGGAAUAAGCAAAAGGCGCUGUAGUGUUGUUAACACAAGUCAAAGUUUUUAUAUAAAGCAGCAUUAAUAAUUAUUUUAUAAGCUGCGCGCAUAUUUUUUUAUAAACAAAAAGCGAAAGCCAACACUACAGUGCAUAUAUUUGUAUAAUUCAGCCUAAGCAUAAGUUAUAUAGUAGCUACACACAUAAUAUAUGUAUGCUUAUAUAUAUAUUAUAUAUAUAUAGGUUUGUUAACUGUACAUAGGAUCUGUACGCUCUUAUCAAUCAGCGAUGAACCAACCCCCAAGCAAAGUAAGGCAGCAUUGUAGGAUCCAGUUAAGCGAAAAAGCACUAUGCUCCCUAGUUUCUAAGCCACCCACCACCACCCCACAUACUCCAUAACCACAUCCUCAUGCAGCGCUCGCCCACACAAAAUUGCAGCAAUUGGAAACCAGCGUUUAUACUAUAUGAAUGACUAAUUUUUGAAGCAAAAGUAUUGUAAGCAAAACAAAUGUAUGUAUCAAGAUAAGCUUAAGAUAACAGCUAAUGUCGAAAACACAUACUUAAUAAAAAAAAAAUCCGCAUUGAAAAUUGCAAA